AUGAAUAGUAACGCAUCCAGAGGAUCCCAAGCGGACAAGAGCGCAGGAAAGAAAGGCCAAGGUCGAAGCAACUCCCAUAAGCCAAAAGCACCACAAGCAAAAAAGUCACGCGAUGAAGAGCAGGGAACAGUCUCUGUCUCAGAGAACCGUGCUACUCGCAACAAAAUAAACAAACUGCAAACGGACUUGGACAGUAUCAGAAAAAAUCGGCCAAAAGCUACAAAAGAGAUAGAAGAGCUAGAGGCAGAGUUGAGAUAUCAGAAAAGCAUAUGA